UAGGUAGGACUGAGAUUGUUCACAAACCCGCGUUCUCGAGACUUACCUUGGAUCAUUCAACUCGGCACGUCUAGACCAACGAGCACAAGACGGCGAGGUUGUCAUAGAGAAAGAACACCCAAGAGGAGGGUGCUCCAAUAGAGACCCCAGAUAACCCUAAUCCCAACAUACAACGUCCUCGUAGCCGCUUCGUAGCGCUAAUCCCCGUCAUGGCCAACCUCUAUCCCGUCCCGCCACGCGCACGCGCACGCACGCACGCGACUGGGCCCGGCAAUCUAGCUGCUCUUGCUACUCUUGCUGCUGUCACUGCUCUUGCUGCUGCUGCGGCUGUGACUCUUAUGCUUCUUGCUCUUCUUGUGCUUCUUGGAGAGCUUGUGCCCGCCGUAGACGCCAGCGGCGCCGGCAGCGAGCGCCGCGGCGGGGACGAAGGCCGAGGGCAGGCCGCCGUGUCCGUGCGCGCUGCCAGCUCCUCCUCCUCCUCCGCCGCCGCCGCUACCGUGCGAGCCCUUGAAGUAGUGCGCUGCGGCGGCAGCGCCCGCGGCCGCGAGCGCGCCGCCCCCGACUAUCUUCCCGAGCCCCCGCUCGCCGUUCGGGUCGUUAGGAUUGCCGCCGCCGCCCGCCGCCGCGUACUGCCCCGCGUAGCCCUGGGGCGCGUACCCCUGGCCGUGCGGCUGCGCCGCGUAGCCCUGGCCCGCGUGCGCCGCGCCCGAUCGGUCGUCGUACGGAGGCGGGGCGCCGCCGUAGGGAGCGAAGUUGCCCUGCGCAGACGGCUGCCCGUCGUGGUGGUGCUGCUGGUACGGCGAGUACGCGGCGUACUGGCCGGCCUGCGGCGCCGCCGGGGCCGCGCCGUACUGGUGCUGGUGUCCCGACGGAGCGUACUGGCCGCCCUGGGGCUGGGCGCUGUACUGGUUCGGGGGGUAAUACUGUCCCUGGGGGUAGUGGCCCGGCUGGCCCUGGGGGGAAUAUUGGUUCGGCUGGCCCUGCGAAUAUUGGGUCGGCUGGACCUGAGAAUACUGGCCCUGAGAAUACUGGCUCGGCUGGCCUUGGGGGUGGUAUUGGUUCGGCUGGCCUUGGGGAGGGUAGUGGCUCGACGGAGCGUACUGGUUCGGUGCCGGAUAGCCGCCCUGGUUAGGGGGGUAACCACCGCCGCUGCCACCGUUGCCGCCGUAGUAAUCUUGGCUCGACAUGUUGGGCUUAAGGUCGAGGCCUGAAGGAACGAAGCGGUGGGGAUUUAUGGAGGUACAAGGCACGUACGUCUACAACCUUUCUCUUAGUUAACAAGGGGAA